UUAUUUAAAUACACUUUAUCAGUCUUUCUUUGUUGGCUUUCCGGUUUUCUGUUAUACUUAGAGAAGCUCUUCACUACUGUAAGAUUAUUUUUAAAAAUUCUCCUAUGUCUUAUCUUAGUAUUUUAAUUUUAAGGAUUAAAUCUUUGAUCCUUUUGAUGAAAGGAGUUCAGUUAGGCUUCAUUUCAGCUUGUCCCAGAAGUCUACCCAUUUGUUCGAACACCAUGUGCUUAAAAAGCCACCUACAUGUGAAGAGCCUUUUUUGGUGGUGUGUUUGGUUUGGCCAUUUUUCAUUGUUAACUUCGAAUGAACAUGUUCAUUUCUAAUCUCAUUGUUAACGUCUAAUAGCCAGAGAACAUCGACUGUAUUAUUUCUGCGUUUUGGAAAUCUACUCGAGUUUUGCUUGUGGACAGGGUUGGUGAUCAUUCUGUCCGUGUUUGAAUGGAUGUGUAUUUCCCACCGAGAGGAAAUGCCUGUGAGACCGUCUGUCGGCUGUGCCACGCGCGUCUUCUGUAGUCAGCCUCCUAGAUUUUUUAGUCUCUGAGGGAGAUGUGUGAAAGUUUCCUGCUAUUUGGGGGAAAGUAAGUUCUUUGAGUUCUUUUGAUAUGUACAGUCCUUCUAGUUUUUUUUUGUUUUCUUGUAAGAACACGCAUGUGAUUGUGUCACUCCUCCGUGAUCUUGUCUCCAUGCCUGGGGUUCUCCCCUCCCCUCAGGUUCCCCCAAAGCCUCACUUCCUGCCCCUCCUCCACGCACUUUGUCCCACUCUCUUAAACCCACGAACACACCAGGCUGGUGUUUAAAGUUUCGUUUCAUUUACGCAGAGGAUGCCUGCAUGCUUCCUCCUCAGCACACUCCGUUUCCUGCCCCACGCUGUCCCUCUCCCCGCCACCUCCAGGACGAGCUGGAUGAGUAGCGUUUCUCCCCCCAGACCUCGCUUUCACAUGCGCGUCUGCAGUCACUGAAAAUCCAGUUGUAUUGCUUUGUGUAUUUUUAAAAAGCUACAGCUACAUUUGACCAACACGGACAAGCAUGGAUUUCAGCAAUUUUCUGUAUGACAUUGGGGAAGCGCUGAGCAGUGAUGAGGUGGCCUCGCUCAAGUUCCUGUGCCUGGACCACAUCCCACCAAGGAAGCAGGAGCCCAUCAAGGAUGCCCUGAUGCUCUUUGAGAAACUCGAGGAGAAGAAAAUGCUGGAGGAGGGCAACUUGUCCUUCCUGAGGGAGCUGCUAUUCCGAAUCGACAGGCUGGAUCUGCUGGAAAAGCGCCUGAAAACCAGCCAGGAGCAGAUGUGGAGGGAGCUUCAGAUCCCGGGCCGGGCUCAGAUCUCUGCGUACAGGGUCAUGCUUUUCCAGAUUUCAGAAGAUGUAACUGCACCGGAAUUGAAGGACUUUAAGUUUCUUUUGAACCGGGAGCUCUCCAGAUGUAAACUGGUGGAUAGCAUGAGCUUGCUUGAUAUUUUUAUGGAGAUGGAGAAGAGACUCAUCCUUGGGGAAAGAAAUUUGGACACCCUAAAAAGAAUCUGUAAACAAAUCAACCGGAGCCUGCUGGAAAAAAUCAGUGCUUAUGAAAAAUUAAGUAAAGAUGGGGGGCCAAUUUCCGACUAUCUUCGGGAGCAGGACAGUGAGUCACGGGAACAGAACUGUGAGCCACAGGAACAGAACUGUGAGCCACGGGAACAGAACUGUGAGCCACGGGAACAGAACUGUGAGCCACAGGAACAGAACUGUGAGCCGCCACGGGAGCAGGACAGUGAGUCACGGGAACAGGACUGUGAGUCACGGGAGCAGGACAAUAAGCCACAGCAGACAGCGGACAAAGUUUACCGAAUGAAAAGCAAACCUCGAGGAUACUGUGUGAUCUUUAAUAAUUAUGAUUUUAGCAAAGCACGGGAGAACGUGCCCAAACUUCACAAAAUGAAGGAUAGGGAUGGAACAAACUUGGAUGCAGAGGCUUUGAGCAAAACCUUUAGUGAUCUUCAUUUUGAGGUAGUGCAUUACAACGAUGCCACAGCAAAGACAAUCUGUGAGAUCCUGAAAGACUACCAACGCAAGGACCACAAUGACAAAGACUGCUUCGUCUGCUGCAUCCUUUCCCAUGGAGACAAAGGCAUCGUCUAUGGCUGUGAUGGGCAGGAAGCCCCCAUCUAUGAGCUGACCUCUUACUUCACUGGUUUGAAGUGCCCUUCCCUUGCAGGCAAACCGAAAAUCUUUUUUAUCCAGGCUUGCCAAGGGGAUAACUACCAGAAAGGCAUAGCUGUUGAGACCGACUCAGAGGAGAAGGAAGCCUAUUUAGAAAUGGACUCGAAUCAGAAGAGAAAUAUCCCAGAUGAGGCUGACUUUCUGCUGGGGAUGGCCACAGUGAACAACUGUGUUUCCUACCGAAACCCCGCAGAGGGGACCUGGUAUAUCCAGUCACUGUGCCAGAGUCUGAGAGAAAGAUGUCCUAGGGGUGACGACAUUCUCACCAUCCUCACUGAGGUAAACUUUGAAGUGAGCAAUAAGGACGACAAGAAGAAUAUGGGGAAGCAGAUGCCACAACCCACUUUCACCCUGAGAAAAAAACUCUACUUCCCCCUUAAUUGAUGUAGAACACUAUGCUUAAUUUUUGUACUAUAAUGCUUUUACUUUAUGCUAUCAUUUAUUUGCAUAACACUAUGCUUAAUUUAAUUGUUAAUAAGAUGAUGCUGCCCCUCCCCCAUUUAUUUUAUUUUAUUUUAUUUUAUUUUAUUUUAUGUUGUUAAUCCUCACCUGAGGAUAUUUUUCCCUUUUCGAGGGGUUGCUUCCUGCAUGAGCCCCAAGGUACGU